CGCCCGCCCGCGCGUGCUGCGAGCUCCAACCGGAUCAGCUGCGUCUGUCCUCCGGUCCUGCAGCCAGCCUGACACCGGACAGCUCUCAGACGGCUUCUCGUGACUCCAGCCACCAUGGGAAAGGAGAAACUCCACAUCAACAUCGUGGUGAUCGGCCAUGUGGACUCUGGGAAGUCCACCACUACGGGCCACCUCAUCUACAAGUGUGGCGGCAUCGACAAGAGAACCAUCGAGAAGUUUGAAAAGGAGGCUGCUGAGAUGGGGAAGGGAUCGUUCAAGUAUGCAUGGGUGCUGGACAAGCUGAAGGCCGAGAGGGAGCGAGGCAUCACCAUCGACAUCUCGCUGUGGAAGUUUGAGACCAGCAAGUACUACGUGACCAUCAUCGACGCGCCCGGACACCGGGACUUCAUCAAGAACAUGAUCACAGGCACCUCCCAGGCCGACUGUGCCGUGCUGAUUGUGGCGGCAGGCGUGGGAGAGUUUGAGGCCGGUAUUUCCAAGAACGGGCAGACUCGCGAGCACGCCCUCCUGGCUUACACCCUGGGAGUCAAGCAGCUCAUCGUGGGCAUCAACAAGAUGGACUCCACCGAGCCCAACUACAGCCAGAAACGUUACGAGGAAAUCGUGAAGGAAGUGAGCACCUACAUCAAAAAGAUCGGCUACAAUCCGGACACGGUCGCCUUCGUGCCCAUUUCAGGCUGGAAUGGAGACAACAUGCUGGAGCCCAGCCCCAAUAUGACAUGGUUCAAGGGCUGGAAGAUCACUCGGAAGGACGGCAAUGCAUCUGGGACCACACUGCUGGAGGCUUUGGAUGCCAUCCAGCCCCCCACCCGCCCCACCGACAAGCCUCUGCGCCUGCCCCUGCAGGAUGUCUACAAGAUUGGAGGCAUUGGGACGGUGCCCGUCGGACGCGUGGAAACAGGAAUCCUGAAACCCGGCAUGGUGGUGACCUUCGCCCCCGUCAAUGUGACCACCGAGGUCAAGUCUGUGGAGAUGCACCACGAGGCGCUGACCGAGGCCCUCCCCGGCGACAACGUUGGCUUCAACGUCAAGAACGUGUCUGUCAAGGACAUUCGCCGCGGCAACGUGGCCGGCGACAGCAAGAGCGACCCUCCUCAGGAGGCUGCCAACUUCACUGCUCAGGUGAUCAUCCUCAACCACCCUGGACAGAUCAGUGCUGGCUACGCCCCUGUGCUGGACUGCCACACCGCCCACAUUGCCUGCAAAUUUGCAGAGCUCAAGGAAAAGAUUGACCGCCGCUCUGGCAAAAAGCUGGAGGACAACCCCAAAUCUCUCAAGUCUGGAGAUGCCGCCAUCGUCGAUAUGAUUCCUGGAAAGCCGAUGUGUGUUGAGAGCUUCUCCGAGUACCCUCCACUGGGUCGCUUUGCGGUGCGCGACAUGCGUCAGACCGUGGCGGUCGGCGUGAUUAAAGGUGUGGAGAAGAAGGUCUCCACCACUGGUAAAAUCACCAAGUCUGCCCAGAAAGCCCAGAGGAACAAAUGAAUGUUGUGCUUCACUGCCGACCCCAAGGUCUCCCAUGGCAGGACGUCAGUCAUCCAGCUCCAUCCUACAAUUGGCUGUUUCAACGUAAUAAUCAAAGACUGGUUAAUCAUCACAAUGCAUCGCAAAAGCAUUCGAAGGAAAGAAAAACAUCCUGAUCCUUAAACCUUGAGGCGGCACUCCUGACUCCAUUUCAGUGGUUAGAUUACCAUUAUUUACACUGUAAUAUCAAAGAGAUAGUUUUAAAUGUGAACUGUUGAUUUGAUUCAUGGCAAUACCUUCCUGUGAUACUGAGACAUUCAACAGUAGAGACCUCUCUGGAGUGCAGGUCCUAGAGUCGUUACAUGGUGCGUGUUGUCCUGCUUUUAGUGUCUGUUUGCAACUUACUACUACUUACUCUGUAGGAGCCUGUGGCAAGAAGUUAAAGCUAUGUUCUUCUGAGUAGUGGAUUAGUAGAAUAUCUGUUAUGUUCAAGCUUUAAACGGCACUUAAAAUGGUCUAAUUUGUCUGAACGGAGUGACAAAGUGACCACUUGUCGAUUCUCGAAGCACUUUGAUCGGCCUUUUGCUGACUUUGCACUGGCACCGAAGAUGUUUAAAUUGGCACAUGAGCUACUGCACCUUAUUGUAAGAUGGCAUGAGCCUCUUUGCAACAUUAAACAUAUUUCAACCAAAA